GCCUAUUUCUCUUACCCUUCCAUUUCUAGGGUUUAGAAGAAACACACAAAAAAGCGGCGAUCCUUACCAUCAAUCAAUGGCGUGCACAAUCGAUUUCCGUCGCUUAGAUGAAGGAUUCGGCGGCAAGACCUUCAAGCGCAAGCGCGCCGAACAACAGCUCGAAAUCGAUGCCGCCAUGGAAAUCGAAACCGAACCAGAAAUCGACACUCAAUCUUCAGCAAAACGACAAGCGGUUUCAUCAGCAGAAGAUCCUAACCGUCCGAUCUUCGGAAAACCGACAUACGACGGCGUAAUCGCCGGAAGAGUGUCAGGACGGAAGUGGAAGGAACCGAGAACGAAACGAUCGUCGGCGGUUAGAGUUAGUUUGAAGAAAUCGACGUUUGAAGAAAGAGCGAAAAAUAAGGAGGUGAAAAAAGCGUACAAGGAGAGAAUGACGGAAUUGAAAGAAGAAAUAAGGAAGAAUAAAGUGGAGAAAAGAGAGAAGAAGAAGGAGAGAGAGAAAAGGAAGGAGGAGAAUAUAUUAAAGAGUGGAAUGAAGUUGCAGAAGAUUACGAAUCCGAAAACUUUGAAGAAGAUUGCGCAGUCUAAGAAUAAGAAGAAGCUUUUGAAAGUUGUUCCUGAUACUUUGAUUAAGAAAUAGGCUGCUAAUGAGAAUUUGUUUGUUUGGCUAUGUUUUAAGAUCUUUUUAUUUUUCUUAAUGCUUUUUGUUUUGAUAUUUAUGAGGUAUUGAAAUAGAAAUGGAUAAUUUUUUGUUUUCAAGAA